AUGCGCCCACAAGAUGUUCAUGGCGACGAGGGCGUCGUGUCUUGGAGCCGUGAAGGCUACGCGCAGCUGCAGAACUCUGCAGGCGGACGGGAGCAGGAGAUGCGAUGGUACUUCAAGCGCGGCGGCUGGCCGACCAGCAAGGUGCUGGACGGCCGCAGGCCGGCGGACGAGCAGGAGCGGGCCGCGCUGGUGGAGGCCCUGGAGGGGUACAUCUCCCAGGAGCGCGAGCGGAUGAUCAGCUCCGGCGACAUCGGGCCGCGGCCGGGGGUGCUGCGCCUGAUGGACGAGGCGCGCGCCGCGGGCCUGGCCGUGUCGGUGCGCAGCGCGGCGGCAACCACCAGUGGCGCUGAGCAGCUUCUGGGCAGCCUCCUGGGCGAGGCACGCGCGGGGGCGCUGCAGUGCGUCGUCGCGGGCGAGGACGCGGGGCUGGGGCGUCCUGACGCAGAGGUCUUCAAGGCGGCGGCCUCGCGGAUGGGCGUGGAGCCUGCGGAGUGCCUAGCGGUGGAGGGCGGCAGCAGCGGAUUGCAGGCGGCAAUGUCAGCAGGGAUGCGUGGCGUCGUCACGUACACACCAUCGACCCAGUGGCAGGAGUUCCCGGGUGCAGAGCGCAUCGUGUCCGACCUUGAUUCUGGGGAGGUGACCGUCAGGGAGCUGCUGCAGCGCCGCAUCGUGCAGGACGACCGCAUCAACAUGACCGUGACCGACGCGGGGGUCUUCUGGAGCAAGGGCGGCGCCCUCUGA